AGAAGGGGCUGAUUGUGUUCCGAGAUCUCAUGUUAGAUGUGACUCUAAUCUCCCUCCCACUCUAAGUCUUAGACGGAAAGGCAUAGUGUAGGUUUAACUGGGAGCUGUCCAGGACUGUGGUGCUGAAAAAAUUGAACUUGGAGGUGUCCAGGACUGUGGUGCUGAAACAUUGAACUUGGAGCUAUCCAGGAGUAGGUGCUGAAAUACUGUUUGCUGUUUAGGACAUUUGUGCUGAAUCUUUUACUGUAAGUUGUCCAUGUCGUGAUGAUGAAACACUAACUGGGAGCUGUGCAGGACUGUGGUGCUCACUCAAUGUUUAUGUGGGAGCUAUCCAGGACAGUGGUGCUGGAAGUGCUGAAUGGAAAAUGCAGGAGUGACACUUCUGUAGACCUAAGGAGCUGAAAUUCGGAGACCUUUCGGACAAUCCUCACUUCUGAUCUGCAGGAUUUAACUCAACAUGACUGAGAAAAUCCAUUCAACUAAUUAAACAGAUCAUACCUGAAGCUACAAGCUCUGUGCUGAGCCCAACCACCUGCACAUGCAAACUUAAUGCUGUAGGGUUGUGAAGGGAUUCUGUACAUUUCAGCAGCUCCUAUUGUUCUUGUUCACAACUCCAAAAACAAACCUUUAGGUUUACAACAGCCAUGGCUUUUAUGGUGAAGACCAUGGUGGGUGGUCAACUGAAGAACCUGACUGGGGGUCUUGGGGGCAAAGAGGAGAAGGGAGAAGGGGAGAAAUCAGCAGCUGAAGCCCAAGGAAUGACAAGAGAGGAAUAUGAAGAAUAUCAGAAGCAACUUCUGGAGGAGAAGAUGGAACGGGAGGCAAUGUAUACUCAACGCAAAGGUGAAAGAGCCACACUUCGGAGUCACUUCAGAGACAAGUACCGCUUACCCAAGAGUGAUGUUGAUGAGGCACAGAUCCAGUUAGCUGGUGGUGAUGUUGAGCUUCCUAAGGAGUUGGCCAAAAUGAUUGAAGAAGAUAAUGAAGAAGAAGAAGGAAGAGCCUCUGUCAUUGGGCAACUCAGCAAUAUUCAGAAUAUUGACUUGGACUCAAUAAAAGGGAAAGCCCAGUCUACACUGGAUGACCUGAAGCAGUCAGCUGAAAAAUGUACACUCAUGUGACUUUAUCAAAACCCCAAAAUGAUCUAGAUUGUCCGAAAGCCUGAUGAAGAUCCUGAAAUCCCAAAACCUAUACCAGCUAUAAAUUAUGUUGGGGAGGCAAUAGAAUAUGUAAAAGUUUGCUCCUGACAAGCCCUUCUAUUUUAAAGUGUACCUGUAAUUAGCAAAAACUUUUUAUACAUGUAGAUAAUACUGCUGUAUGUAUAUUUGUAAUUGGUUAAAAAAUAUGUACAGUCAAGGCUGUAAAUGUUGGUACCCCUGAAAUUUUUCUAGAAAAUUAAGUAUUUCUCACAGAAAAGGAUUGCAGUAACAUGUUUUGCUAUACACGUUUAUUCCCUUUGUGUGAACAAAAAAAGGGAGGAAAAAAAAGCAAAUUGGACAUAAUGUCAGACCAAACUCCAAAAAUGGGCUGAACAAAAUCAUUGGCACCAACUUAAUAUUUGGUUGCCCACCCUUUGGAAAAAAAUAACUGAAAUCAGUCGCUUCCUAUAAUCAUCAAUAAGCUUCUUACGCCUCUCAGCCGGAAUGUUGGACCAUUCUUCCUUUGAAAACUGCUCCAGUUCUCUUUUAUUGGAAGGGCUCCUUUUCCCCAACAGCAAUUUUAAGAUCUCUCCACAGGUAUUCAAUGGGAUUUAGAUCUAGACUCAUUGCUGGCCACUUUAGAACUUUUCAGCACUUUGUUGCCAUCCAUUUCUGGGUGUUUUUUGACGUAUGUUUGGGGUCAUUGUCCUGCUGGAAGACCCAAGAUCUCGGACGCAAACCUAGUUUUCUGACACUGGGCUGUACAGUGUGACCCAAAAUCAGUUGGUUAUCCUCAGAUUUCAUGAUGCCUCGCACAUAUUUAAGUGCCAGAGGCAGUAAAACAACCCCAAAACAACAUUGAACCUCCACCAUAUUUCACUUGUUGGUACUGUGGGGGAGAUUUAUCAAAACCUGUCCAGAGGAAAAGUUGAUCAGUUGCCCAUAGCAACCAAUCAGAUUGCUUCUUUCGUUUUGCAGAGGCCUUGUUAGAAAUGAAAGAAGCAAGCUGAUUGGUUGCUAUGGGCAACUGGGCAACUAUUCCUCUGGACAGGUUUUGAUAAAUCUCCCCUUAUGUUCUUUUCUAUGUAGGCCUCAUUCCGUUUUCAGUAAACAGCAGAAUGAUGUGCUUUACCAAAAAGCUCUAUCUUGGUCUCAUUUGUCCACAAGAUGUUUUCCCAGAAGGAUUUUGGCUUACUCAAGUUAAUUUUGGCAAAGUCAGCAGUGGGGUCCUCCUGGGUCUCCUGCCAUAGCGUUUCAUUUCAUUUAAAUGUCGAUGGAUAGUUUGCGCUGACACUGAUGCUCCCUGAGGCUGCAGGACAGCUUGAUUAUCUUAGGAACUUGUUUGGGGUUGCUUCUCCACCAUCCAGACUAUCCUGCAUUGACACCUUUCAUAAAUUUUUCUCUUCUGUCCAUGCCCAGGGAGAUUAGCUACAGUGCCAUGGGUUGCAAACCUCUUGAUAAUGUUGCACACGGUGGACAAAGGCAAAUCUAGAUCUCUGGAGAUGGACUUGUAACCUUGAGAUUGUUGAUAUUUUUCCACAAUUUUGGUUCUCAAGUUCUCGGACAGUUCUCUUCUCUUUUCUGUUGUCCAUGCUUAGUGUGGCACACACAAACACACAAUGCAAAGACUAAGUGAACUACUCUCCUUUUUAUCUGCUUUCAGGUGUGAUUUUAACAUUGCCCACACCUGUUACUUGCCCCAGGGUAGUUUAAAGGAGCAUAACAUGCUUGAAAAUCUUAUUUUUCCACAAUUUUGAAAGGGUGCAAAUAAUUUUGUCCAGCCCAUUUUUGGAGUGUGGUGUGAAAUUGUGUCCAAUAUGCUUUUUUCCCCUCCUUUUUUGGUUUAGUUCCAAUACACACACAGGAAAUAAAUGUGUAUAGCAAAACAUGUGUUACUGCAAUCCUUUUCUGUGAAAAAUACUUCCUUUUUCUAGAAAAAUGUCAGGGGUGCCAACAUUUACAGCCAUGACUGUAUAUUUUUGGGUGAAAAAAUGCUGUCCCUAUACAGUCCAAAUACAGGAAGUGAGGGUGGAACAAGCAGGGCUCUGUGCAGGCUCCUGGCUUGUCAAUCAUCCUGCUGUGUGAGUCGGGAGUGUGUCACAGAGCCCUGCUUGUCCUCAGUGCACAGAGCACUGCUUGUCCACCCACAUACUUCCUGUAUUUAGUCUCCUCACAGAGACACACAGGCAAAAGCUGCAGGAACAAAAAUACAAACAUUUUUUUUAACCAAUGUAUAUUAGACAUAAAAAAACUAAAAAUAAAAUGCUAUUUCUACAUUAUAUAAAAAGUUUUUGCUAAUGACAGGUACACUUUAAGCUUCCUGUAUCCAUGAGACAAGGAUGUUGUUGAUUAUGUAGUCAACAGAGUAAAGCAGACAUAAUAUUAAAGGGUAUCUGUCAGCUUUCGAUCAUGCUCAGAGCUCAGGUUGUAAAGAAGCUCUGAUGAGUCUUCUCCCUGCCUUGAUUGCUAUACAGGGCUUGGCUUUCAACACUGAACCUUGUACAUCAUAUAUGUAAGUCAGGGUGGGGGAGGCUACAUGAAUACUGCAGAUCUACACUGCUUAUUUGGUACCUGAGCAUGAUCUAUAGCUGACAGAUUCCCUUAAAAUAUAUUUGAUUAUACACAUUGAAGUUCAGUACAAGCAUGUGAUCUCUUAUCCAGAAAGCCAUUUUUUCAACCAAGUACUACACAUAAACAAAUCCAAAUACACUAUGACAUCUGUUUAACCAAUACAGCCAAGUGAGAAACCUAACGACUGUCUUCUGUUCCUAUUGUAACACAGUUUUUCUGUAUAUAUGUUGCAAAUGUUUGCCAAAAAGGUAUCUGCACAAACAUUUAGCAACUUUUUACUUCCUCACCGCUUGAGUUAUUCUAUCAAAACUCUGUAGGUUGAUGUCAAAUUUGCUUUGACUUCUGCAGUGGUAGCCGAUUUAUCAAGUGAGACAAUUUAAAGGGGUAUUCCAGGAAAAAAAACUUUUUUUUAUAUAUCAACUGGCUCCAGAAAGUUAAACAGAUUAGUAAAUUACUUCU